AUGGCUGUUCACACUUCUCACCGACUGCCAAUCGUUCUUGGUGUAAUCGCAUCGUUGCUGUUCAUAAUUGCGGCUUUCCACCAACGCGGAGGCGUUCCAAAUGCAAAAAAGCUCUGGCGCUUCUACGAAGUCGCUGCCAAGUAUGGAACAGACAAAGUCACAGCCCACAGCUACCACCACAUGUAUGAGAAAUACUUGCCUGCAUUUCGAAUGAAGCGCAUCAAGAUGCUCGAGAUUGGCCUUGGCUGUGACAUGGGUUACGGUCCCGGAGCGUCCUACAACUUGUGGCUCGAAUACUUCCCCUAUGUUGAUCUAUACUUCAUCGAGUACGACGAACGCUGCGCAAGGAAAUGGGCUCGCAAGACAAGUGGAGCGACCAUCUUCACAGGAGACCAAGCGGAUGAAGCAUUCCUCGAAGAGUUUAUUACAGACAGCGGUGGCGACUUUGACAUCAUCAUCGACGAUGGUGGCCAUACGAUGAACCAGCAAAUCAAGAGUCUUGAGCAUCUGUGGAAAACGGUCAAGCCUGGUGGUUAUUACUUCUGCGAAGACAUGCAGACUAGUUAUUGGGAUAGUCAUGGAGGUGGACCGACUGCGUCCAAGGAGAACGGCAACCAAACGUUCGUCCAGCUAGUCAACGAGAUGGUAGAGGACAUGAACUCUGGUGGUGGCAGAGUACAUUUCGAUGGUGCUGGAGAUGUACUGGGCAUUGAUUGUAUGGCAGAGGUCUGCGGCUUUUGGAAGAGACCAGAAGGACCAGAUAAGCCUUUAAAGGCAGACAAGCCAGUAAAGGGUGGUGUGAGAUGA